UAAGAGGCCUCGGCGAGAAUCGGUCGCGCAUCGCCGCCAUCUUGGGCCAUCCGCUGCCCGGGGGGGCCGAUACCCCUUCUCUGGGCGAUUCUCUCUCCGAUGGGCCCGGUCACGGGGGCCAUUUCCCGCUCCCGACCCCCGAUCAUGGGCCUGGAAGGGGCCCCGGGGGGCGGGAUGGACGGAUUCCCCAUUUCUCAGCAGGCCCCCUCCCGGCGCCGCCAUGGCGGAGAACGACGUGGAUAACGAGCUGCUGGAUUACGAGGAUGACGAGGUGGAGAACCAGGCGGGGGGCGACGGGGUGGACGUGCCCCCCAAGAAGGACGUCAAGGGCUCCUACGUCUCCAUCCACAGCUCCGGCUUCCGGGACUUUCUGCUGAAACCCGAGCUCCUCCGCGCCAUCGUCGACUGCGGCUUCGAGCACCCCUCGGAAGUGCAGCACGAGUGCAUCCCGCAGGCCAUCCUGGGCAUGGACGUGCUGUGCCAGGCCAAGUCGGGCAUGGGCAAGACGGCCGUCUUCGUGCUGGCCACGCUGCAGCAGCUGGAGCCCGUCACGGGGCAGGUGUCUGUGCUGGUGAUGUGCCACACGCGGGAGCUGGCGUUCCAGAUCAGCAAGGAGUACGAGCGCUUCUCCAAGUACAUGCCCAGUGUCAAGGUGGCGGUGUUUUUCGGGGGCCUGUCCAUCAAGAAGGACGAGGAGGUGCUGAAGAAGAACUGCCCCCACAUCGUGGUGGGGACGCCAGGCCGCAUCCUGGCCCUGGCACGCAACAAGAGCCUCAACCUCAAACACAUCAAGCAUUUCAUCCUGGACGAGUGCGACAAGAUGCUGGAGCAGCUCGAUAUGCGCCGGGACGUCCAGGAGAUCUUCCGCAUGACCCCGCACGAAAAGCAGGUCAUGAUGUUUAGCGCCACCCUGAGCAAGGAAAUCCGCCCCGUCUGCCGCAAAUUCAUGCAAGACCCCAUGGAGAUCUUCGUGGACGACGAGACCAAGCUGACGCUGCACGGCCUGCAGCAGUACUAUGUCAAGCUGAAGGACAACGAGAAGAACCGCAAGCUCUUCGACCUGCUCGACGUGCUGGAGUUCAACCAGGUGGUGAUCUUCGUCAAGUCGGUGCAGCGCUGCAUCGCGCUGGCCCAGCUGCUGGUGGAGCAGAACUUCCCGGCCAUCGCCAUCCACCGGGGCAUGCCCCAGGAGGAGAGGCUGUCCCGCUACCAGCAGUUCAAGGAUUUCCAGCGCCGGAUCCUGGUGGCCACCAACCUCUUCGGGCGGGGGAUGGACAUCGAGCGGGUCAACAUCGCCUUCAACUACGACAUGCCCGAGGACUCGGACACCUACCUGCACCGGGUGGCGCGGGCUGGGCGGUUCGGCACCAAGGGCCUGGCCAUCACCUUCGUGUCGGACGAGAACGACGCCAAGAUCCUGAACGACGUGCAGGAUCGCUUCGAGGUGAACAUCAGCGAGCUGCCCGACGAGAUCGACAUCUCCUCCUACAUCGAACAGACUCGAUAAGGGGCGUCCUCGACACUCCUCGUCCCGCGUCGUCGUCCUUCUUUUGGUGGUUUUAACGCCUCCCCCACCCCACCCCCGUUUCAUUUCCGCGCGACCCCGAGAGCUGACGAGGAGGAUGGCCCCGCCCUGAGGACCGCAGCCCUGCCAGACUUGGGGGGGGCGGGACGGGGGCGGGAGAACCAUUGGAAGAGCGGACUGGAGCGGUGGGGGGGCAUCAGGACAGCAGGGUUCACCCCGUCCUGUCCUGCUGUGGUGGGAGGAUCCCGCCUCCCACCAAUGAUCCCUGACCUUUGUUGGCACCGAUAGAAGGAUCCCACUUCUCCCACCAACGGUCCCUGAACCCACUUCGCCAGGUGCGGGAUCCACCACCGCCGAGCCCUGAUCCCACGUGGGCACUAACCCAAGGAGGAUCCCAGCGCUGCCACCAGCGAUCCCCAGUCUGGCUUGCUGGCACCCCCGGAAGACGGCUCCCACGCCUGUCGCCAGCUCCGACCCCGUCCCUUUCUCUCCCCGUCCUGUAAGAAUUUCAGCCUCGCGAGCCCUUCGCUCCCGGUCGGGCUGACGCAGGGCCCCCUCCCCCGGUUCCCUGCGACUCGAGGCCAUUUUUUGUUUUUAUAGGAAAAAAAAAAAAAAAAGAAAAUCCUGAAAAAAAAGCCCCCACCCCCGCGUCCUGUCUUUUAUACCAAGGUUGGAGCCGGUUUUACCAGCGUCUUGCGGUUUUUGUGCGUUUCCUCGUUUUUCGUUGUCUGCAUGGAGCCGCGCGGUGCCCUGCCGGGCCAGCGGGCGCUGGGGGCACCCUGUGCGGGCAGGUUUGGUAACGUCGCCCUGAUGAUGGAUUAAAAGACUUGUCAGAA